UAACCCUAAAGAAAUGUUCAAUUUUAAAUUAUUAUUGCUGUUGUUGGUUGUUUGGAGGUUCUCCUAUGCCCAUGUAGUCCACGAACCUGAACCGGAACCAGAGCAAGACCCUGACCCUGAGCCUGAAACAGACCCGGAACUUGAGUCAGAACCUGAUCCUGAACCAGAGCCCGAUCCAGAGCCUGAACCAGAGUUUGAUCCAGAGUCUGACCCAGAGCCUGAACUGGAACCUGAGCCUGAACCCGAAACUGAUCCUGAACCAGAGGCCGAACCAGAGACGGAACCAGAGCCUGAACACGAGCCCGAGCCUCUAAUAGUAACGUCAACGACAACAACAAUCCCACCCGACGAUUGCAAUAUCUACUACAGAAAUUACCAAUGGGCUCUCCAGGACGGUGUCUGCCGUUGUUUGCAGAACGAAUAUCUUAUGAAAAACGAAAACGAUCAACGCAUUAAGGACGGUAAAACCCCACUUGUACCCGUUUCCGAGCAACUUUGCCGUAGUUUCAUUAAAAGCAGGUGCUGUGUGGGAUUCCCCGUAGUUGCUGAGUUCCCCAUACCACCUCCUUGCGGAUGCAAUCGAAAACAAGGCACAAUCGCCACAGAGCGAUUUUUCAGUCUGUGUCACCUGCUAAAAUUCUCUUCUGAGAACAGAAAACCAUUCUUAACAUACUCGUAUUGUUGGCCAAUCUAAGUGGAAUGCAACCAGUAAAAAAAAUUUGUUAACUGCUUGUUAUCCUCAUAUUUAAUUAAGUUUAAUUUAUGUACUGGGGAGAUGGAA